GUUUCCUUGCGAGGUUUAUUUUAGGGCUCCAUUUAGCGAGCGUCCGAGACGCGGGAGGUGAGUGUUCUUCUUCUCCGAUCGCAAUCUUCUAGCUGAUUCUCACCGCGCAAUCGAAUCUCUGGCAGUUCCAUUGCUCUUGUAUCGCAUCUCCUCCGUUCUCGAGGAUUUGAUUCCAUGGCCAAGUUUGGCGAGGGCGACAAGCGAUGGAUCGUGGAGGAGAGGCAAGACGGCGCCAAUGUCCACAAUUGGCACUGGUCCGAGAAGGAUUGCUACGACUGGACGUGCAAGCGAUUCGACGCACUCUUCGAGGGUCUGGUGGUUCUAUCCGGCGAGGGAGGCCUGUGGAUCAAGAUCUCCAAGGUGGAGAGCGUCAAGGGCGAGGCCUACGUGAACAUCCGCAAAGGAAAGAUCAUCCCCGGGUAUGAGAUCAGUGCUGUGAUGAACUGGGAGGGAGAGGCCAAGGAUGGUAGCGGGAAUAGUCUAGCAACGGUCCAGGGAAAGGUGGAGCUGCCGUAUAUCGCUGACGAGAAUGCCGACGAAGAUCCGGAAGUGAAAGUGAGCGUCAUGGACGAGACUUCCCUCGGGCAGAGAUUGAAGGAAGCGUUCCUGGCCAAAGGAAAGCCUUUGGUUCUCGAGCGCAUUGCGAGUUACGUGAAGCAAAUGGCGAAUGGAGGCCCGGCUCAGGAGGAGAUGCAAAGCAAGAACCUGGAAGUGAAAGGGAAGGGAUCCAACAAGCCUGUUCUCGACGAGAAAGUUUCGGCCAAGCCGGUGGAGCCACCAAAGGCGAAAGCCAGGGAAGGAUUCAAGACCAUCACGAUGACUGAGCGCUUCCACUGCCGGCCUCGGGAUCUGUACGAGGUGUUGCUGGACGAGAACCGGUGGAAGGGAUUCACGCAGAGUAAUGCGAAAGUGAGCAAGGAAGUGGGAGGCAUGUUUUCGAUCUUCGAUGGAGCGGUGACGGGGGUGAACCAGGAGCUGGAAGAGAACAGGCUGAUCGUCCAAAAGUGGAGAUUUGCGAACUGGAACGAUGGUCACUACUCGACUGUGUGCAUGACAUUCGAGGAGCCAGAGAUUGGAACCACUGUUCUUAAGUUGACACAGACAGACGUCCCGGAAGAAGACAGGUUUGGAAAUGCGACUGUCUACGAGACCACUCGUCGAGGCUGGAAGGAGCUGAUUUUCCACAAGAUUCGUGCCGUUUUUGGCUACGGUUUGUGAGUUCUUCGCCAUUUGAGAGCAUUGCUGAUUGACUCGGUGCAAUACGAGAGCAUGUAUCUUACUUGGUU